ACAUUCUCGAAUCCAAACAAAAUUCUGAUGUAAACACCGGAAAGAGAUCAUACAUUCGGAGUAAGCAGUUCUGCAGGUAGCUGUUUCCUCAUCGUUGGGUCCGAAAUGGCGGGAAUAUCCGUGUCGAAAAUCUCCUUGAUGGUUUGGUUUGUCGUUUGUAUCGGAGUUGAGACAGCUUCUGUUACCAAUGAUAAGGAGAAGGUCAUCUUCAUCCUUGCUGACGGUCUAAGAUGGGAUCGAUUCGGUCAGGCCCUACCAAACUUCAUCAAGAUGGAGGAGAAUGGAGUAAAAGCUGAUUGGUUGAAUGGCGUCUUCAUGACCAUGACUAUUCCUAGCACGUUCUCUAUCGCUACAGGGCUGUAUCCCGAGAGUCAUGGUGCAGUACACAACCUGUUCUUCAACGCUACGUCAGGCGAGAAGUCGCCGUCAUUCAUGGCGACCAUGAACUACACGGAGUGGUUUGACACAGGCGCAGAGCCGAUUUGGGUGACGACUAUCCUGCAAGGUGGCAAGGCCGGUACCAUUCUGUACACGGGGAGUAAUGUGCCUAUCAAGGGAGUGCAGCCGACAAAAAAUAUACCAAUUAAUCUAUCAGGAUCAUGCUUUGGUUUACCGAUGGGGGAUCGCAUCGAUACGGCGUUGUCAUGGAUGACGGACGAGGAUUUCGACAUCGUGGUCAUCUACUUCAACCUGCCCGACUUCAACCUCCACAGCUACGGCACCGAGGACCAGCGCACCUUCGAUACCCUGCACGAGGUCGACGAGGCCAUCGGCUACCUCUUCGAUCGCAUUGACGAAGAAGGCCUGACCGACAUCGUCAACGUCAUCAUCGCCAGCGACCACGGGCACAUCAAUUCUGAGGUUGGGAAACAUGUCCUGCUGUACGACUACAUCAACAGUUCGGAUGUCGAGUUCAUUGUCGCUGACUAUGGUCCAUGCUUUCAGCUCAACCCGAUCGAGGGAAAGCAAGAUGAGGUUUACACAACUCUGAAGAGCGCCCACCCAGCACUCACUGUGUACAAGAAGGAGGAGCUACCUGAGAGGUAUCACUAUGGCAAUAACGAACGUGUUCUCGAUAUCUUCGGCUGCGUUGAUCCGGGCUGGCAUCUUCAUACGACAAUCCAAGGCAACGAUACAUUCCUUAUCUCCGAUCAUGGCUACGAUAACAAAUGGAUGGUAAUGAAAUCCUCUUUCUAUGCCCAGGGUCCGCACUUCAAGAAGAACCACCGCGCCACACCUUUCGAAUCGGUCGACAUCUACUCGAUGAUAUGCGAGAUCCUUUCGCUCCACCCAGCUCCAAACAACGGAUCACGCGAACGCUACGAGGCCAUAUUUGCUAUUACAGGCGCAGCGAACCGGUCGGUUUCCGCUACGGUGCCUAUCUGUGUGUUUCUCUUCAUAACUUCAAUGUCAUUAUUCAUGUAAAGCGUAUUGGGUCCAAAUGGAUUUUCGCAAUGGGGUUUCUGGAAUAUUAUUUCAGCUGAUAUUUUUGUAUGGUUAUGAAAGGGUACGUUGUAAAAUGUUUAUAACAACAUUUUGUUCAUAUACUCCAGCACAAAGAGAGUACCAUCGGCCUUCACGCUGCGUUGUUUAGAAUCCCUCGAAAGUUUUUGAACAAGAUGUUUUAUAAGUGGUUUAUCUAUUUUGAUUUUAUUGUGUACAGUUAGGGAGAUGGGGAGUAUUCUCGCCAGCAUAUAACAGUCAUGUAAAUAGUAAAGUAUCUUCAGAACUUUCGAUAGAUACCUGUAUGUGAAAUAUUUGAUAUAACUGUUUAAAUCUGAUGCUUCAACUUAAAAAUAUAUAUAUCUUUCUGUUUGGUAUCCAUAUCGGUUUGCUUUUUAUGUAUGAAUGCUUUCAUGAUGUGACUCAGGUUAAUGUUCUAAUAAUGUAUUGUCUGCUGAUCGAGAUCUGGAACGGUGUUGACUCAUUCUUGUUCAACUUUAAUUUAAAGGGGACAUCCACCCUGAUAUAAAGUUGGUUUUAAUUGUAGCAGAAAUUUAGAGAAACAAGUUAGUGACAGUUUGAGCUAAAUCCGAUACAAAAAAAGGAAAGUUAUGAA